AUGCCGCAACAACAGACAGCCAAAGGCAUCGUCAUGUCUCGGCCUGCCAAAGCUGCGCCCAAAGGCUCGAAGCCCAUACCACCUUUCGACAUCGACAACUACCUCAAUCCUUUCGUCCCUCGCAAUCCCCUGCGAUUCUUGCCUCCCUGGAUUUCAUACUGGUUCGGCCAUCGCUCUCCAUCAUCCACUGUCGCACACCACCCCUGUCUUUGUUUCCUCCCCAACUCAUGCCUUGAAUUCUUCCAUCCUCUAGAAUGGUUCUUCACCUACCACUUCCACACAUUCUUUCUGUACCUCUCAAUUCUAGUCGGUGCCUUCUGCGGUGUCGCCAUCAUCGAAAACGUCUUCCUCGCCCUUCCUCGGCUAUCGGGUCACGCUGUACCCAUCGUCAUCGCCUCAUUUGGCGCCGCGGCCAUAUUGGAGUACAAUACUAUUGAAUCACCACUGGCCCAGCCCCGGAACCUGGUCUUUGGACACUUCGUAUCAGCCGUCAUCGGGGUGGGAAUCACCAAGUUAUUUUUGUUGUUGCCCCCGAACCGAUUUGAAGAUCUAAGAUGGCUCGCUGGCGCACUCUCGGUCGGAUGCGCAUCCAUCGCAAUGAGUUUCACAAAGACCAUUCACCCACCCGCCGGCGCCACUGCGCUGCUGGCUGCGACAAACGUGGAGAUUCAAGACCUUGGGUGGUGGUUGUUGCCCCUUGUACUGCUGGCAGCCAUGUUGAUGCUGGCCAGUGCGCUUGUGGUGAAUAAUUUUUCUGGGAGACGGUACCCGGUUUACUGGUGGACGCCAGUGGAUCUGAAAACCCUUAGAGAAGAGAGAAGGAAGGAAAGGUUGGCGAGGAAACUGAAGAAGGGGGAGAUCGUAGGGGACGUCGAGAAGGGCGGUGAGCCCGACUUGACGGCCGCAAAGGAGGAUGUGGAGGAUCUUUCUGAGACUACAACCGAAACGGGCGGCGUCGAAAACGACAGCGACGACGCAGGUCCAGCGGGAAGAAGAAACCUUAGUCGCGUGGUGACGUAUUCGUCAAUUGACAGGGUUCCCCGACCGAUGGCCGAGACGGAGCGAUCCAAGUUGGCGGCGAGCAAGAAAUCCGCCACAGAGAGAGAGCUAGGCGAACAGGUCGUCGAGGGUGAAAGCAUCCUUAUCUCGAGGAAUCGCAUGGUCGUGCCCGAGUGGCUCGACCUGAGUGACUGGGAGGACGAGGUGCUCAGGAUCCUGAUGGUGCGGAUGCAGGAGCAUUCUUCUUCUCAUCUUCGGCCUGAAAUUGAUCGGAUCAGGACGAAUUGA